AUGGAGGAACAGGCGUGGACCACAGGGAGAACCCACACAGAGAAAGAGGAGGACCACAGUGGAGAACGCAUGGAAAGAGGAAAAAUAGUGAGGAGGCACCACAGGAGAAACACGGAGGACAGGAGGGAAAGACAAGUGAGGAGGACCCACAGGAGAACCCAGCUGGAGGAAAAGAAGAAAGGAGAGGAGGCACCCAUGGAGAACGGAGGAGGACCGAACAGUGAGAGGACCACAGGGAGGAACUGGCACGGAAAGAGAAGGAGGAAGGAAAGAAGGGACCGCUUUGCUGAGCAACGGGAGCUAUCCUCUCUCCAAAUAAUAUCGCUUCACCUCGAGAAGCUGGAUCUUUCCCACAAUAGAAUCAACGACCUCUCCUGUGUCAGCCACAUGCCUCACUUGCUGGACCUGGAUGUUUCCAAUAAUGAACUGACCGCGUACUUCGACUUCAAACCGCCUAAGAAUCUCCAGGAAGUUAACUUUUCAUUCAACGCUAUCCCGGCAAUGCAGGACCUCUCUGCCUACCAGUCACUUAAAAAACUCAUAUUGGACAACAACGACAUAGAGGAAAUUCGCGGCCUGGAGAAAUGUCAGAGCCUGACUUACCUCAGCUUGGCGAACAACAAGAUCGCAGCCAUCGCCGGCCUGCAAAAACUGCCCAUCAGAACCCUCUGCUUGGUAAGUCUGUCGUCCUUUGCGGCAAAAAACUCUCUUGCCAGAGAGACCUCCUGCCAGUCGCGUAAUCGUAGCCUCAGCAGGGUGACUGCGAGGAAAACGUGGAGGAGUGGAGAACCGCUUGGCAAUCUGGAAGAUGCUAAGGAGCUGAAAUUUUAUGGUGAGGAGAUGGGCAGCUGA